ACUGGAGCUGGUGGCUGGGUUGGUUGCUGCAUGAGGGCAGGAGCCCUAGUGGCCAGUGAGCGAGGUGGGACUGCAGCCCAUCGGCUACACAGCACCCCUAAGGGCUCGAGGAAAGGGGAGCUGUGCAGUGGGGUUGCUGGGGAAGGCGGCGGCGGGGUCAGCUCACAGCCUUUAAAGCGUGCACCCCGCUGCCCAUGCUCUGCACUGGCCCUGUGGUCCCCACACAGCGUGGAGGGGGGCUGUCCUGCCUUGUGGGUGAGGAAACGGGGCGCAGAGGUCAGUGCCUCACCAUGGCCACAGGGAGGGCGUGGAGGCGCCUGGCUGCAAGGCCGGCCUUUCUCCACAGGCCACGCUUAGGAGUGAGGACUUGACGGACCAGGCAAAGGUCGUUGUGGUCAGUGUGUGCUUUAGCGUGGGGGAGGGCACUGCGGCGGGAGGUCAGUUGGGAGGUGGCCGCUGGAGCAGCGCCGGCAGCACUGUUGGGAGCUCAUCCCAGACCUGCUGACCAGAGCCUGGUGUGACACGGCCUCAGGUGAGCCUGUGCCGGCUCCAGCCCACAGUCACCAGGGACAGGUGACCAGAGCUGCCUCCUUGCUUUCACUCCAGGCUCCAGGGUUUUGCUUUCCGGCUGCUCCUUUAGCCACUGCCUCCCUGACGCUGACUGGGCUGUGGUUAGCUGCCACCUCCCAGUGAAACCCAGGGCCCCUCCUUCUCCGGCAGCCUCUGCACCUUCUUUCUCUGCCCUUCCUGGAACCUCCUCCUGGGCUACCCAUUCACACUCUUGGUCCUUCACUCUCCCUUGGCCACAGGGCGAGUCGGGGGGUGGCUCUCGUCUCCUCCAGAGGACGCAGGCAGUGACGUUGCGGGAAGAGCAAGGGGCCCUGGGCUCGGCUGCAGCCUGGGAACCUCUGUCCUUCCCAUUGCGAAAGGGUUGGUGAGGCCACGUGAGGCGGUGGAUUCUCCUCUUUUCCCAGCAGCUUUCCCGGGGCUCAGCACCAGGACGAGGGCAGGGUGACAGGCCCUGGGGUCCGUGGUCCUGCAUCCACAGGAGCUCGUUUCCUGAGAGGGACGUGGGCUGAAGGGCACGUUGACGUUGCAGAGUGUUCAGCAAAGGCCCCGCCGACAGAAAGGACCUGUGACCGGUGGCACCGUGGAGGUGGCAGUGUUGAUCAGCUUGAUGCGUUUGCUCUUCAGGACUUGGAGGACAUCUGUGGCCUCGAAUGCCGUGGCAGCCAGAGGAUGAGUGAGCGGCGGGCAUGAGUGGCUGAGAACGCUGGACGUCCCUGCAGGCCUUGGCUCAGUCACUGCCGUCUCUGCGGGUGCAGCCGGGCAGCACCAUGAGCACGCUGGAGAUGAAAUAGUGGACCUCACCUGUGAGUCUAUGGAGCCCGUGGUCGUCGACCUGACACACAACGACUCUGUAGUGAUCGUUGAUGAAAGGAGGCGGCCCAGGAGGAACACUAGGAGGCAGCGCCAGGACCACGCUGACAGCUGUGUGGUGAGCAGCGAUGACGAGGAGCUGAGCAGGGACAGGGACGUGUAUGUGACCACGCACACUCCCAGGAACGCCAGGGAAGAGACAUCGCCGGGGCUCAGAGUGUGGCCACGUCUUCUGCAGCCAGUGCCUCCGAGAUUCCCUCAAGAACGCCAACACUUGCCCGACCUGCAGGAAGAAGAUGAGCCACAAACGCUAUCACCCCAUUUAUAUCUGAUGCGCUGCGAGCUGCCUCGGAGAAGGACGGACAGUGACAUCCCCGCGGGCUCCUCACGCGGCCUUCGUGGGUUCUCUGCCUCCAAUUUCCUGAGCUCAAAAGACUUUAAACCAAGGCCUGAUAUGUAGACUGCUCCUUAUUUCCAGCCCUCUGAGGUCCUCUCGUUACCUCCAGCUUGAUGCCUCAGCCGGAGCCACAGCCCUGCCGGCCGGGUGUGGCCUGCUCCCCUGGCGGCCUGGUUCCAGGGCAGGCGAGGAGCUGAGCGCCUUGGAGUUGAGAAGCAGGUUCCAGCCUCUCUGGGACCUGCACGUUUGCCAAGAAGCUCCCCCGCGUGGGAGGUGUGCGCAGCUUCCCCCAAGUGUUGUCGGGGAGCCGGCCCUGGUCAGGGCGUGAGCCAGUCCACCCAGCUCCUGCGGGCAUGCUACCUCACCCGGCCUCUGCCCGCACAGUGACCGAGCCGACAGCCCCGGAGGACCAACCACUGGGCUCCUUCCGACCUUCGCAGUGACAGGCAGGGAUUUCUGCAGGGCCACGCCCAGGCCUCUGAGGAUGAAACGUGCAAUAAAGCCCGUCGUCCACCGCCUCCUCGCAGCCCAGGAGAUGCAGCACCGUGAGUGUCCCUCAGGCCCCGCCCUGUCCUGUCACCCGUUCUCAGGAACUGACCAGGCCCCAGAGUUCCCCUCCUGGCGCGGGCCAGGCACGGUACACAGGGCAGGCCUGUACUCGGUGUCCGCUCCUUUCUGAUAAAAUCCGUCCUCGUCACCAUAUGCCCGCUGGUCCUCAGUCCCCGCUGCCCACGGUCUCCUCAAGUAUGGACACCGGAAGGCGGUGCAGUAUUUGUGGCCUUAUCAGCCCAUGUCCAGCUGUUGCCCAAGCCGCAGCCACCCCGUGUCUCAGAGCGUGGCCCACCUGACAAGCUGGGUCCUGCCUUGGCCUUCUCACCACCCCACCAACCCACCAUUUCAGAAGCUGAUCCUCUGGCCAUCUGGACUGUGGCCCUUUGCAGUUCUGGUUGGCAAAGUUCUGUGGCCUCUCCUCACCAAGGGGCAGAUAACACCCCCUGCCCACUCUGCAGGCGUGGGAGCCUCUGGUUUCCAGGUGGCAGCACUGCUCCUAACGCACAGGGCUGAGGGGUGACGGGAGUGCCAGCCUGCCCCACCUCCACACCUUCCUCACAGGCCUCAAGCCAGACAGCAGCCUCUGCGUGUGGAGCAUCGGCAGGGGGAGAGGCCCUGGCUUUGCAGCAAUAACUGGCCUUCAGUUCCCUGGAAGGAGCAGGGACUUGGCACAGUUCACUUUAACGGGGCUGAAGGAGUGUCCCUCUUCUGUGAAAGUUUUAUUCUUCAUUCUGCCUUUGUAGCUGUUUGGCUCACUUCCAAUUAGUCAGUUUUAAUGAAAGGAAUAAUGUUCUACUUGGAGGUGAGGAGGCAGGACAUGGUUCCCACGGGGGCUGUGCCGCGUCUGCCCUCCGACCGGACAUGGUAGCCAUCGCGUUUGUUCCGGGCUGCGUGGGAGCGUCUCCUGUGACCUGACAUUACUAGCCUCCAGGAGCCGGGAUGACCACACAGCCCAAGCCCUGCUUUACAUUUGAGGACAAACGACUGAUCAUGAAAGCUGUGCUUCUCCAUUAAAUUGGGGGGAUGUUAAGUUUCUACUGUCAGAAACUACAAAAUAGGAAAAGGUCGAUAUGAAAACCCCUCCUUCUCAGUGUACAUAGUCCAAAUCUUUCUUUGUUACGUUUAAACUUUACCCAUGUCAGUCUGUUUCGGACCUCUGCUGGUGUUACAGAUGGAAAUAAAACCAGGAAUUUGAACCAGGUA